AUGACGCUGGCAGAAAGGCGAAACCAAAAAGAACUGGACAAGCGGCGCCAGGGAGCGGCCAUACCUUACGCACUGCCUGGCGAACUCCAGGCCCUGUCACAGGAGGACUUGCCAGCCCAAGUGGCCAGCGUUGUGGAGAAGGCUCCUGAAAGGGCAGUCCGUGAGAGGGACAAUGCCAGCGAUGCGCUCUGGGAGCCGUCGGUGGAAGAGCUUGGCGAGUACAAGCAACUCUUUCUAGGCCUCGUGGGCGAUAGCGAGGCCCUCCUUGGAACGCAGGCAGGCAAGGAGGUGCUUGAGCGCAGCGGGCUCCCUUUGACAGAACUGGCGGCCAUCUGGUACCUGGCCGAUGUGGAUGGGGAUGGCCAGCUGGCUUUGUGCGAGUUCGCCUGCGCCAUGCACCUCACAGCCAGGCGCCGCGCCGGUUCAUCCCUGCCGGAGGAGCUGCCUUCGCCCUUGACAAGGCUGGUGGCUGGUGCCGUGGACUUUCCAGAAGUGGCCAGCCCGCUUCCUCAGGGAGAGGACGACUCCAGAUGGGCCAUCGACCCAGACCUCUUGAACCAGUAUCGGCAGAUCUUCGACAGCAUCGAACGCAGACACGCUGACUCCCUCAGUGCAGUAGAAGCCCAAGAGGUUCUGCAGCGGUCGAAGCUCUCGGCUUUCGAGCUGGAGGCGAUUUGGCAGCUGAGUGACGUGGACCAGGAAUCUGAGUAA